AUGGUUACAUGGACACUCCUGAGUGUUGCCGGUUUGUUUUUCAUUAUGUUGCUCUCUGGUAUUGUAUUUAUGAAAUACUAUGUCAGACCAACCUAUGAAAUGUGGAGAUGGAAAACCAAUCCAAAGUUCCCAUCUGCUGAAAAGGUUAAAGAUGAAAUCUUGAUGAUGUUAAAGGGUAUGGUUACUGCUACAUUCUGUCCAGCUUUGGCCCUCCAACUUGCCCAACGUGGUGUUACCAAGGCCUACUGCGGUGUUGGUGACUAUGGUUAUGGUUAUUUGAUUAUCUCAUUCUUUGGUGUAUGGAUUGCUUCAGACUUUUACGAGUUCUUCUACCACCGUUUGGGACACAAGUUUGACUUCUUCUGGAACAUUCACAGAUACCACCACCAAUUCUACAAUCCAUCACCAUUCGCCGUUAUUGCCGACGAGUACGUCGACCAAUUGGUCAGAUCCGCCCCACUUUUGAUUUUCCCAAUGAUCUUCCCAAUCAACAUGGACUUGAUGUUCUUGCAGUUCGCCAUUUUCUUCUACGGUUACGGAUCGUACUUGCACUGGGGAUACGAGUUGAACUACCCAGAUGCCCAUCACCCAAUCGUCAACAGUGCAUUCCAACACUACCUCCACCACGCCAUCUCCAUCAAGAACAAGCCAUACCACACCGGUUUCUUCUUCAAGAUCUGGGAUCAAUUGUUCGGAUCCAUGUACGACGGUGAGUGUUUCUGCUGCAAGUGUGAACAAAAAAAGGUAGAGAGAACCAAAGAAAAAUGGUUGGCCAUCGAAAAGCCCGAUUACUCUGUACUUUUGAGACCAUCAUUUUGGUUUUCAUCAAACACAAAGAAAGCAGAAUAA